AUGUUCCGCACAAUCACAACCCUCACCCUCCUCCUCACCUCCUCUCUCGCCGCCCCAACAACAAACACGCCGACACACCACCCUUCCGACCUCGAGUGCCGCUGCCUCACCUUCUCCACUAGCGCCGCCCCUACUCACUGCCCUUACCAAGAACUCCUCGCCCUGGACUGGGACGCCGCCCUCUCCCUCGCCACGGCAAACGACCUCAAACUCCAGUUCGCCAGCGACGCCACCAUCGCAAAGGUCCUCGCCAUCCCGACACCCGUCGACCCCAGCAUCCUGGAUGCCAUCCAGCAGGGCAAGACGCUCCCGCUCGACCCGGCCGAGCAGGUGCGCAGUGAGAACCGCAUCAUUUGCGGGUUUGAGGAUGAUGUCGAGAGGGUGGAGCGGUGCGAGGACGACGGCGUGGGCAUGAUGGGCGCGCCAGAGGUGCAUUAUGUGGGCACCGUGGUAGGAUUGUUCAUGCUGUUUUUCGUCGCCUAUCUUGUUGCCGAGUAUCUUUGGACUGUGUGCUUCGCGAGGACACGAGGAAUCCGACUCGAGGGAGAAGAAAAGGCCUUGACGGUCGAGUGUGAUGGGUUGAUGCCUGAUCAGAGGUGA